GUCCGGGCUGCAUGCAGAGCUGAGAGCUGAGGACUCACAUCUCCAGCCUGCCCGGGUGAAGCGCGGCCUGGGGUGUGCAGGCUGCCGUCAUGCCCUCUGUGUCUCCAGUGGGGCCCUCGGCCGGGGCAGUCCCCAAUGCCUCCGCAGUGACAACAGUGUGGACCAAUGCCAGCGGGCUGGAGGUACCCCUGUUCCACCUGUUUGCCCGGCUGGACGAGGAGCUGCAUGGCACCUUCCCGGGCCUGUGGCUGGCGCUGAUGGCGGUGCACGGAGCCAUCUUCCUGGUGGGGCUGGUGCUCAACGGGCUGGCGCUGUACGUCUUCUGCUGCCGCACCCAGGCCAAGACACCAUCAGUCAUCUACACCAUCAACCUGGUGGUGACCGAUCUGCUGGUGGGGCUGUCCCUGCCCACGCGCUUCGCUGUGUACUACGGCGCCAGGGGCUGCCUGCACUGCGCCUUCCCGCAUGUCCUAGGUUACUUCCUCAACAUGCACUGCUCCAUCCUCUUCCUCACCUGCAUCUGUGUGGACCGCUACCUGGCCAUCGUGCGGCCCGAAGGCUCCCGCCGCUGCCGCCAGCCUGCCUGUGCCAGGGCUGUGUGCGCCUUUGUGUGGCUGGCCGCCGGUGCUGUGACCCUGUCGGUGCUGGGCAUGACGGGCGGCCGGCCCUGCUGCCGUGUCUUCGCGCUGACUGUUCUGGAGUUCCUUCUGCCCCUGCUGGUCAUCAGCGUGUUCACCGGCCGUAUCAUGUGUGCACUGUCGCGGCCAGGUCUUCUCCGCCAGGGCCGCCAGCGCCGCGUGCGGGCCAUGCAGCUCCUGCUCACGGUGCUCAUCAUCUUUCUCGUCUGCUUCACGCCCUUCCAUGCCCGCCAGGUGGCCGUGGCGCUGUGGCCCGACAUGCCACACCACGCAAGCCUCGUGGUCUACCACGUGGCUGUGACCCUCAGCAGCCUCAACAGCUGCAUGGACCCCAUCGUCUACUGCUUCGUCACCAGUGGCUUCCAGGCCACCGUCCGCGGCCUCUUUGGCCAGCACAGAGGAGAGCGUGAGCCCAGCAGCGGUGAUGUGGUCAGCAUGCACAGGAGCUCCAAGGGCUCGGGUCGUCAUCACAUCCUCAGUGCUGGCCCUCAUGCCCUCACCCAGGCCCUGGCUAAUGGGCCCGAGGCUUAGUCAGCAGGGCUCAUGCCAGGGGCUGAAGGUCGGGGCUAUCUGGGCAUGCCAGCCUGGACACCCACCAUGCCAGGGGUGGCAAUCGGUUUCAUCUCGAUUGAUUGGUGAUGGCUACCCAGAACACCGCAUUGAGUCUAAGGCCACUGUGCUGUGGUUGAUUAGCAAUGUCUGUCUGCCACUGGCUCCAGCUGGGAUGUGGUGGCCUGAAUGCCAGUGAUUUGCUGUUCCUGGGGUACCGCGUGCCCACUGAAAACUCAGGGGUAGCCAGGAGCUGCUCCUCACUUUGGCCAGUUUGUCUCCAGAAGGAGUUCCUCAGAAAAAAGGACAAAGUGGAUUCCAUUGACUAGAAGGAUGAGAUAAAAA